AUGGCUAAACAACAAACGGAUCACACCAAUGGCGACAGGAAAUCGGUUGCCAUACCUGUAACAGUUCCUCACUCUAUUACGGAGUGGUCGAUCUAUGGUCUGGCUCAGUGUUGUGCUACUGGAUUUUGUGUGUCUGAGCCUGUUGAACUCACCGUAUUCAAGCCGUUGUUUGUGGAGUGUCAUUUGCCUUAUUCGGUCAAACGUCAGGAGCAAGUGUCAGUUGCAUGUUCUGCUUACAACUACGAUGUUAAUAACCGAUGGGCAAGUUUGCAAAUUGUAGAUCCACCUGAGCAUCUUUGCACAAGUGCCGGUACAGGAGAGGAGACGGCGCCUGUUUGGUUCAACGUUCCAGGAUUAGACACGAAGACAAUACUUUUACCGUUGAUGCCUCUUGAUGUGGGCACAACAAAACUGACUGUCCGGAUGAUUACUGAACUGGGAGGAGAUGAGAUAGAGAAGGAAAUCAGAGUUGCGGCUGAGGGUAUUAAGAGAGAUUAUGAUUAUGCAGCCGAAUUAGAUCCUCAAGGUCUUAACAUGAAUGUUAGUGGAGACUGCAGCAAUGGACAAUCUCCAGAUGUUCGAGUUGGGAAAUGUUUCAAGUCAAUCGUUCUCGACGGCAACUGUGGUGAUCCUAUUGAAUGCGAUUUCACAAAGCACGAAUGCUGUGUAGGACAAUCUGCCAGUUCGGCUUUGACUUUCAGUUAUGGCGGUCAAUGUGAAUUAUGUCCUUCCAAAAAUGAAGUACACGUGUGUGGAAAAGCGUGCUCUUGCUCAGGGAAGAGCCAAAACAAAAAGCAAGUCAACUACUUCUAUGUUCGAGCGCCAGAAGACUUUAUUUCUGGUUCAGAGAAGGCAUGGUUGGGUGUUAGUGGUAUGGAAAUAAUGACAGUACUUAAGUUUUGA